AUGGGCUCGCUUCAUUCACCCGAUGAUGAAGGAAUUUUUUUCGGUGGCUAUACCAGCAAUAUCGACGAGGAGUGCGGCGAGGCAGACGAAUUGCUCCGCCGGUCAAGCACUGACAGCCUCGAGCUGGACGAGGCCCUGUCUGUAUACAAGACUAUACACCGAAUCCGGCGGCUGAUUAUAGCAACCCUCGAGGAUCCUUAUACACUCAACGAACUUCGAGGCCCGCGCCUCAACGUCAUUAUUGUCCGGCCUCUAGUCAAUCGAUUAUAUGAUCCAGACGAUCCAUCAGUGGUCUACUGCCUGUUGGCGAAUCGAAUCCAGUUCCUGCGGGAACAAUCCAGUUCUGCCCAACAGACGGUCAGCAUUGCUCGUGCCUCCCUGUGUGAGCUCGUCGCUGCCCGCAUCUUGCGACGCUUCAAUGAAGACCACGAAGGGCCGCUGGGCCUGCUCCUCAUGGCUCAUAUCCUCGUCGAUGGUUUUGAUCCUUUCCAGGGCGCUCCACCCGAGAUUGAACAAGAACACAGGCAUCCCCAGUGGCCCAUGCAAAGAGACGAUGGCCACGAGAGGAAACUCACCACGCUCGAGCUGGCUAUCAUCUCGGAGAGCAAAGUCUUUGUCGGCUCUCUCGCGUGCCAACGGGUCAUUGACGCCGUCUACGGUGGCAGAAUCGUUUACACGCCAAUAUCCUUUGUGGACAUACUCCCAGACCACUACAAGCAUAGGCCCAUCUCUCUAUAUGACGCGAGGGCAGCGCCUCUGCUGCCCCAUAACCGGCUCUCUGUGCCGCGUAUACGUGCCAUCAUUGAGAUUGCCCAGUUCCUCGUUCUGGUGGUUUUGUAUAUCCUGACCAUGACACAUCGCAGCAGCUCGCACGUCUCAGCAUAUGAGUGGGUCUUCAUCAUCUACACGACCGGCUGGGUGGUGGAUGAGUUUGCUUCCGUCAUAGAGCAUGGCUGGGAGGUGUACACGCAGACGCUCUGGUCGUUCCUGGACAUGACAUUUAUGGUCAUAUUUGGCGCAUAUCUCGUGGGCCGCAACUAUGACAUGUCUACUGGCUCUGUUGCCGAUGGCUAUGGCUUACACAUCCUGUGUACCGCUGCACCGGUCCUGCUGACCCGAGCGGCAUUCGCCAUGAUGCCCGACAAUAUCGUCUUCAUCUCCAUUCACGCCAUGAUGAGGGACUUUACUCUCGUCACGUCGCUGGCAAUGUGGUGUUUUACCGGCUUCCUGCUGGCCCUCGUGUGGCUCAACAGCAGCACCAAGACCGACUCAUCCCCAGGUUGGAUCACAGUCUGCAAGUGGUUGCUCUGGAUAUGGUUUGGGCUGGACGGCACUGGUUUCAGUCGCUCUGGGGAUUUCCAUCCCGUCUUUGGCCCGGCUUUGAUGACGGCAUUCGCCUUUCUGGGCAAUACUCUGUUUCUGACGAUUCUCGUCGCGCUCCUCAGCAAUACCUUUUCCCAGAUUAUCGCAGAUGCUGCCGCCGAGAUCCAGUUCCGACGAGCUGUCCUCACCUUUGCCGGCGUCAAGAGCGACUCGGUUUUUGCUUACCCUCCGCCCUUUAAUCUGCUCGCCCUCCUGAUUCUUCUGCCAUUGAAGCCCCUGGUAACGCCCAGAUUAUUCCACACGGUCAAUGUCUUUAUGAUUCGCGUCUGUAAUUUUCCCGUCCUUCUCGGUAUUAGCUAUGUGGAGCGGCGCGAAUCGCUCAGGUCGUCAUUAUCCCGCAAAACCAAGAACUCCCUGCUACACUGGAACUUCAGUGGUUUCUCUCCGCACGGCGACAUCCAGGCUGUGUUCGAGGCUGAACCACCACGGGCCAUGCAAUCCGAGAUUGAGGAUAUGGACGCCUUGAGCGAUAUAGGUUACGCUGAGAGUGAACUUGUGUCCAUAAGAUCAAUGUCAAUGCGGCCUGUCGCCCGUGGCCGCCGCAAAAGGGGGAGGAGAUUGUCGUUUCCAAGGAACGUCAUGUUUCCGUUAUCAAACGCUCCAACCAUGGAGAGGGACAUAUAA